AUGACAGCAGAACCAUUAACGUACACAAGUGUAUCGAUAACACCAACAGGUAUAGUUCUGGGAAUGUCAACACAAUUCGCUACAGAUAUCACUUAUGCGCUUUGUUUUGCUCUCGAUGCUCUUCGAUUGAAUAUCUAUUUGCCAGUUGGAUAUUUUGAAAGUAACUAUUUCGGAUGGACUUUAAAUGAAACAACAACGUGUAAUCAAGCGAAAAUAUGGUAUGAAAAGAAACAAUAUGAUCGAAUAAAAGCAAAUUGUACAGAUGGUGUUUUGAAUAAAGGAGGAACAUAA